GAUUAGUCAGGUACACGGAUCAUGACGAUUACAGGUGGUUGUCAAAAAUGAGGGCAACGGUUAUCGUUGUCAGAUUAACAACAAUUUGAAUCCAAUUUCGAUUACCGCAAGCUGAGAAAUUGUAUUAUAAUGAAGCGUCACCAACACCAAGAGAUGUCCCUGUCCAAAUUUAUGUCAAGCCUUCCCAUUCCAAGGCAUUACCGAAGAUAUCUUGUCAUUCAGUUGCUAUGUGUUGGAUUUGUUCUAUACCUUUGGGUCUCCAUAAAUGGAGGGUUUAUUCCCAAAUUUUUGAAACAUAAAAUAAGUUAUUUUGAUGUGGAAUCAGAUGUCAGCCCCUUGUUAUACUUUGGAGACAUUAAUAACGAUGCAAGUAAAAUUAGGUGGUCUGGAAAAGUUAACACAUUAGAUAAAUUAACACAGGCAAUGGAGAGUGAUGCCCAUAUGCUUGAAGGUGAUGUUAUUUUGAGAGGACAAGGAACAAAAGAUCAGAAACUGAUACCAGUGAUGUCUAGCCCACCUAAGACUGAUAGUAAGACAACGUUAGAUGACUGGUUAGAUGUAGUAAAAUCAAAACAUAAAGGAAUCAAGCUUGUCUUUACAAGUAUUGAAGCUGUUGAAAUAUCCCUACAAAAAUUAAAAAUAAUAAAAGAACAGGGCUUUCUCAAAUUCCCUGUAUGGAUUCAUGCGGACGUUCUCCAAGGACCGGAAGGUAAAGCUCCAAAUAUUGAUUCUACAAGAUUUUUAAGACAUUUAAAACGUGUGUUCCCAAAGUGUACCAUUUCUCUUGGGUGGACAGUUUCUCCUCAUACUGAUACAAGUCAAGGUGGCUAUUCCUGGGACAUGGUCUUGGAUAUGUUCAAAUUGAUACAAACUUGGGAGAUCAAUGACCAACAAAUUAUCUUCAAUGCAGACUUGUCAUGGCUUCGUAAUUCUGUACCACAAUUAAAAUGGCUCUGUGAUAAUGUGUUUCAUUCUAGCUUGAUGGUGUCAAAAUCACCACAGACCAUUGCAAUUAAAGAGGACAUGUUGUAUGCUGCCUACAGAUUUCCACCUCAUAGCUUGUACUUUGAUAUUAAAGAUGAACAUCUUGAGGCUGUUCUAUCAAAGUAUCGUCAUUUUUCAAGAAAUCAAGUCAGCCCUUUAGUGUUACAGAGAGACUUAGUUAUGUUUCAUCAUAAAGCUUGGGUUAAGAUGGGAUUUCACAUGGAGAAGAAUUCUGUUUUGGGAAGUACUGAAGCCAUCAUAUUAUCCAGCCCAAUAGUCUACAUAGUUAGCAAAUCUGGUUACAAACCGACACCUGAGUUGAGUCUGCAGGGGCGAGUCAUGUUUUUGAAUUAUGACAAUAAGGAAAUGGAAAGGGGGAAAACUGGUUUAAAUAUCUUUUUACGGUCAACAGCAUAUGCACAUUUUGAAGAAAUAACUGGAAUACGCUGCUUUUUGGGUUUGGAUGGAACUAUAGAAGUUAGCGGCAGUAAUUUGAACAAGAAAGAUUCGUUUAAAACACAAUCCCAAAGAAUAACUCCCAGCUCAUCCCAUUGUUUUAGAAUUGCUAUAAUUGAUUCUCUAUCUGAAAUAAUUUUUCGUGUAAAUGUAGUACACGCCUGCAAUACUUUGGAGUCAGUGCAAGCAGAUGCUGAAAUUCAUGCAGAAUUGAAAGUGCCAGUCCCUGCCCAUUUAGGCAAUGGAGAGCACCCUUAUAUUUUGAAAGUGGCAGACAAUAAAAGAUAUGCUAUAAUUGAUGAAUUAUCAGUUAAACAUUCCUAAUCAUAAAUGUGACCAGGGCCCGUAUUCAGUUGACUAUCUUAUACUUAUUAUCGCGCAGUUUCACCUUAAAUUAGGAUAUUACCUUAAUCUUAAGGGACUAGUAUUCAAUUUAAAAAGUAUAAUGAGAUAAUUUAAUUUUUAACUUUUACGGCAACUUCCUUAUAUCGUUGAUAUGACAAUGUCAGUUAAAGGACAAUAUUGGUAUCCACUAAUUUUACAAAUGUGACCAGUCAAGUUAAACACAUUCCAAAUAUAAAUUUAACAUACUGGUAGAGGUCAUUGCUACAGUGGAUAGGUAACAAUGAUUUGAAGAAUUCAGAAGUGGCAGAAUUAAUGGUAAACAGUUGUUACAAACUAACGAUCGCUUUAGUAGGGAAUUAAUCAAAACUGGGCAAGGUAGUGGCAGCUUUUUCUACUUUGCUUGUUUGCAGUCACAUACCUUAAGGAAGUUUGAGGAAGCCAAAAUUGUUACUUUCCGAAAUUGAAUACUAAUUUAUAAUAUAUAGGCUAUAAUAAAUCUUCAUUUGUAACACCCUUUAAUCAACAAAGCGUGCUUACCUGACAAGGCGAUCUUAAACUUAAAGUAGCUAAGUCUAUAACUCUGUAUCAUCCAAAUCUUUGACAUUGAAAACACAAAUUAUUUAUCAAUUUAAAUAAAUAUUGAUAUUGUGAUCUUACUGGGAAAAGAUGGGCUUCUGAUAUCUCAUAUUUAAGACAGAAUAUACAUUUUAUCACUGGUACACGAAUCGUGUACCAUAAUGCAUUUCAGCACCAUUUGUAACAAAAGAUUCGAAGAACGAGGCUAGACAUAUUCCACAAGUCAUGUCAAACGGUGACGUGAUACUGUUAUCUGGAGAGCAUGCAGAAUAAAUACCAUCGGAGUAAACUGGAAUAACCAGACGCUAGAGAUUGCCAUUCGAUUAAGACUUCUGCCGUAUUUUGCCUUUGAAAUUAUAGUAAAAACAGAAAAGAUUGAAUGUAAAUCAGUUUAUAUACAUUCAUAUUACAUUAUUAUUUGCAUUGCGACCCAUUUGUGUAAAUUCCUAGGUCCCAAAUAUUUGCAAUUUAGCUCCUGUAAGUUUAAAGAAAUUAACUGAAUACCGGCCCAGCUCUGGCUAAAUGAAUACUCAAAGGUGAAACAGUGCAAAUUAUUUGCUGGUUUUGGUUGCUUUGUUUCAGUAACUUUCAAUGUUUUUUUUUCUUUCAUUUGAAAAUUAAUGUUAAGGUGUAUACUGUUUAUCAACUUCAAAUCUGAAUGCACAUAUUGAUUUAAAGAACUUUAACACAAAAUGUAAAUGCACAUGUAUUAAUGCCAUAGUUAUUUUGAAUUUUUGUCCUGUGUAUUGAAUUCAGCCAGAGCUGCUCCCUUAAUGGGUUUCAUAAAAUGUACAUGUAAGAUACCAUAUCCAUCCAAUUUAUAACGAUGUAAAUUUAUAUUCAUAUUUUAUAUUCUAAUUAUUUUUUUUUAAAAUGUGUCCAAUUUUAUUAAAAGGGCAAAACAUU